CAACAACAAAAGUCACAUGGAAAAUCAGCUGAAGAAGAAAUGCAUAAAAUGCAGCUCAAAAAAGGCGUAGAAAGAAAUGCAUAAGAAGAAAAGUGCCUAUUUAUAGACAACUCGGACAACUAUAAAAAGAAAACGAAAGCGAAUGAAGGAAAAUAAGCUUCACUGCAACAAAGAGUUCGUGCGCAGAAUGUGUAAAAAAAGGCAACGUUAAUUCAAUUAGCACCCCUUUGAAAAGUAGAAAAAAGUCUAGACAAAAGCGGUUGAGCGCCGCAAGUAAAGGGUUGCCAGUAGACAUGCGCUUUGAAAGCUCAGCCAUGGAACCUCGACUGAAAAGGCAGACUAAAAUACUCACUGAAACGAAUCAGAACGGCAGUAAAGCCCUAUGCUGCACAGCAAAUUGUAGUUGGAAAAUUUUGAAUUAAUUUGAAAAAACCAAGACCACUAAAAUGGCAUUUUUAAUCAUUUGCGUUGGACAUUUUUGGAAACAUUAACUGCUGUGGAACACCAAAAACCUAUUAGCUGUCGUUAGUGAUUGCGAGUGAGUGAGUGCAGCGAAAGGCAGGCCAUAGGGUUCCUAGUAAAGAGCGUGGCACACCGAAUUCAAAUUGCCAACAUGGAUUUUAAAAACUUGUGCCAGAAUAUCGAUGUAAGCAGCCUGCGAGCGCGAAUUCCCUCAUUGCCUGCUAUGCCAGCAAUGCCGCAAAUUAAAUUGCCAAAGUCAUUACCGAAAUUGCGCCCGCGUCGCAUAUUCAGUCGGUCGCGCGAGGACCUUAGCCGCGACAGUAAAGGGUCAAAGAAGGAGCAACAACUGCAGCAGCAGCAACAGCAUUCGCCAUUCCAACAGCUGUCAGUGCGCCCACCCAUACCGCCUGCUGAUUUUGUAAAUCAUUCACCGCAACGCAUUUCGACCAUUUCGUCGCUGAUGCAUCAACAAAAGCGCGGCGACUCACAACGUGGCACCUAUCGCAGUGCCUGCAGCGUGGACGAUGACUACCCGAGGCCGCGUGAAUUUGAGGUACCCGGACGCUUGUCACGUCCAAUAAGUCCCAUACACACAUCCAUUAGUGGUGUAACGAAUGAGCGCGAUGCUGAGGGCGGCGCUGUGGCGAAAAUGUCUCUCACCGAAAAGUUGCAAAAGGGAUACAAGGACAUCACCGAAUUUCGGCUGAGUCACAUCUUUGCGAAAAAGACAGUGGUGCGCAGAGAUGUCAUACAAGUCGAUCACUAUGUGGAGCGCUUCAAUGAGGACCGUGAACGUGAGCGGGCCGAGCAGGAGCAAAGGGAUCGCAAAAUCGCGGAUAAUUACCGUUUCAAUUUCAAAGUUUCGCGACAGGACACAGACAACAGCAAACGCAGUAUGAGCUCGGACGACUCACCCAAGCAGAAGCCGCAAAAAGGUGGCAAGACCGUGCAUGUGCAGAGCGAAGACGAGAGCGGCAUGGAGGCUACGCCACCACCACGGAAACCAGGCAUUGCCUCAACGCGUUUCGCCAGAGUACGCAAUCCACCACUCGAGCAGUAUAUUUCCGAUGAGAGCAACAACGAGCUGGACGAGGAUGAGGAAUUGCCAGUCGCUAGAGGCGGCCAUCAGAAGCAAAAAAUCGUGCAAAGCUCACCGGAGAGCGGGCCUAAAGCGCCUGCAGAGAGUAGAGGCGCUAAGGCGCUUUACAAAUUGCGCAGCUUGGGCAAACGUAGCGAGGAAACGCCAGAGAAGUUGGGUGAGAAGAAACGUCGCGCGCCACUAACACCACAGCAAUCGGAAGAGAAGCCAGAGCUCCCAACCGCAGCAGAGAAUGAUAAUCCGCUUAGUGUCUUGAAACAGAACAUCAAACGCUUCUCGAAAUCGAUAAGGCGUACACAAGAAGCCGACAGCAGCGGCGCAGCGAAUGCUGCUGAAGACACUGAGGGCGAAGGCACGCCUAAAAAGGAGACAAAGCAAAUAAGUCGCACUGAAAAAUUGGCUGCGCGCUUGCGGAAGUUCGCUUCGCACGAAGCAUCCACCGAGAAUCUCGAUGAAACAGCAUCGCCCAAGCAAUCGGAAGAACAGCGCUCACCCAUACGUGCCGCAAUUAGCAAUAAGCUGCAGACAUGGAAGAAGAGUUUCAAGCGCAAACCAAAUGAGACCGAUGGCGCCCAAACCGGCGAAGAAACGUCGCCUGAACGGGAAGGUGACAAAGAGAAGCGCACGGACAAACUGAUGAAAAAACUACGCAAUAUGCGACAGCGUAAGCGCGCCAGCUCCACAGACGAUCUCGAUGGCACCGAAGACGAAGCCAACCAGACACCCACAGGCAAGUCAAAGGACGACAACUGCCGGCGUGCUGUGAACUUCGAAGAGCGCUUUGAGCAGGCACGUAAACGCACGCUCAAGAAGGUGAAUGAGAAAAUGCAGCAGAUCAAGUUUUUUCACAAGUCUCAGGAGAAUAUCGAAAAGGAGAGCGGCGGCGGCAGCAAGAAAGACGCUGGCAAGCCAGCCGAGCAGGAAUACGAAGAUCAAUCGGACGAUGAACGCACUAUCUAUGUACGUCCACAUACCGCUGCAAGACGCGCUGCAGCAGGCGACACGCCAAGCGAUUCCGAAGAAGAAAGGCAGCCAGAGAGAGAGGAGCACGUCGAGCAAAUUAGGCACGUUGAGCGCGAGUUUGACGGCACCCAUAUACAACAUACGCGCGCAAUAUGGACAACCAAGAAUCUACUCACUGACUCAUUGGAUUCCGAAACUGACACAGAAUUACCACGCGUACUUAUUCAUCAAGACAAUUCCGACCAAUUUGAAUCGACGCUAAUUAUAGCAGUGACUCGGCCAGCGCCGCCAGUGACACCCACCACACCCAUUAUAGAGGAAAUACACGACGAGCCGCCGAUGAAGCCAUUAAGAGCCAGUCGUACCCCCAGUCCGGGUAGCAGUCGCGCCGAGUGGAUACCAAAUAAUGAAAUUAUAUCCAAUUUUCUAGAAAUAACACCACCAAGCAAGCGUCGCCUAUCCUCGGAAGCCAUAUUGCCUGCGCCUCGUGGCCAUUUACGCAAAAUGUCUCUGGAUUCCAAUUCCGACUCCGAUUCUUGGAUACCGGAAGCUGCGCGCCCCAAAAAACUAGGCCAACAGAGUAGAGAGGGUUCAGAAGAGGGCGCAUCAGCGGCAACCCUAAACAGCAUCGACGAGAAGGAAGAGCCGUGGAAAGUGCAUCACACACAUUGCGAUGAUAAGCUCUACAAAACAAGGAGCAUCGAUAUAUUCGAAGCCAGCGUUCGUAAGGGCGGUGCCAUUGCGGCAUUCGAUGACUUCGAGGAGGAGCUGCGCGAUGAGCCAAUACUAAAAGUGCCACAGAGGCAUAUUGAUUCCUCGUUUGAAAAGGAUAGCAGUGAAGAGCCAUUCGCUGCCGACGAUGACAAUUCCUCGCGUGUAACAAAGAUUUUAAGGAGUGUCAUACGCGAGGAGUGCGAGGAAGUGCAGGAAAAUGUUGACGAAAAGCUAGAAAUGAAAUUGCCGCAAGUGCCCCAGCGUAAAUUUUCUAAUAGCAGUGAGAGCCUCAUUGCCAAUAUAGAUGAAAAUGAAAGCGAGCGCAUUAAAUUACAUGAAAAGGAUAAUGAUGAAAGCAACGAUUACGAUGAUGACGAAGACGAUGACGAUAGGCCACCAUCGGCGGCACCAUCACCACCUCCUUCGAUGUCUCCACCACCGCCACCGCUACCGCUACGAAAGUCUGUUUUAAUCACGUCCAAAACGACGGAGGAGGGAUCACCACCUUUGCCCACAACAAAGCCACCAGUGCCACCAAUUCCACCGGCCAAACCUUCACAGCCACCGCGCAUACCAGAUCGCACGCCCUCAAUGACACGUAUCGCCAAGCCGUUGGUAAAAACAUCAUCCCUGCGUCUGGCGUACAACGAACAAGUGAAUCCUUCAGAUGUUGGCAAGGUCAAUAAGUUGAUUUCGCGCUUCGAAACGCCACAGUCGAAGCUGACACAACGACCGCGCAUCAUGCGUCGCGGUCUAACGCGCGACGAAUCUGAAGAAUACUCUGACGACGACGAUGAUCUGGAAGAGGAUGAGGACGAAGAUGGCGAGCAGGAUACGGAUGAGGCUAAUGCGAAUGCCGAACGUGAUGUCACACCAACACCAACGAAUACACCACGCACCUACUCACUGGAAUCCGAAACUGAGAGUUUGCACGUAAUCUACAAGCAUGCAACAACAACAAAACCUAGAACAUUGAGCUUAGAAGAAACAACGACGACCACAAAUCGCAGCAAUGUGGGUAAUGGCAAUAAAACUAAAGUCUAUAGUGAAGUGCCUAGAAUAACAUUGAACCUCGAUAACAAUUCCAAUUUGAGUUUGAGUCGCGCGAGUUCCGAGUACGGCUCACCGCUCGAGUAUCCCUCCAGUUUGAUCGGUUCAACGGAAACGACGCCUAUACCGGAGCGUCGGCCACCAGAUCUGAGCACUUUGAGAAAUGCAGAACGCAAUCGACGCUCGAUGACGCGAGACGAUGACAAAUUCUUAUCGUUCGAUAGUGAUGAUGAAAACAGUUAUUACUCGAUAAGUUCUACAGGCAGCAGUCGCUAUGUUGUGGAGAUUUGAAAUUUUGUUACAGAAUUGGAGCAUACAAUUGGAUCAUAGUGUAUGUACUUAAUUUCAUUUGUGUAGGAAAAUGUCUUUUAAAAAGUGAUGUAUUUAUCUAACAGUUGUAUAGUUAAAUGUAUAUUAAUUAAAAAUAACAAAUAUAAUUUGACGAAAAAGUGAGGCUUCUAGACUUGAAGUAAAUAUUUUAGAGGCUUAAUUUAAUUUGAUUGUGAAAAAAAGAAAUACAACGAAAAUAACGAUUUCCUGAAAG